CUUAAGCCUCUUUGCUACUCCACCAAACAACCCAACGACACUCCGUAUUUCUAUACUCAUACCCAACUUAUCCCUAAGAGUGCGCCUCUGGUGCUAUUGAACCUUCGCUCGCGAUUCCGGUAAUAAGAGUACUGAGCGAAGGAUCCAGGCCGUUGCUCAUUCGUACAGACUCCGGUUAAGCCCACAGAAAACCCCGCCUCGUCCGCCUUUACCCUCACAACAGUUCGUCGCAACUAUGGCGGAUGGUGAGGAUGAUUUCAGUCAACUUCCUCUGUCAGACCAGUUCAUACAUAAGAACUGGAAAGCUCGAAAAGGUGGAUAUGAAGCUGCCACCAAAGCCUUUGAUGUGGCCCAGACAGAGAAUGAUCCACUAGUGAGACAAUUUGUGUCUGACUCGGGAAUCUGGAAGGGAGUUGUAGCAGAUUCAAAUGUUGCGGCACAACAGGAAGGUUUGGCUGCACUGUGCUCAUUUCUUCAGAUCGCGGGCAAGGACGGCUGCACGAGGACAAGGAAAGAGACCAUUGCACCCAUUGUCGAAAAAGGUCUCACAGGACGACCUGCUGCAAAGCAAAGAGCACAAGAGGCUAUAUUACUAUAUAUCGAGCUUGAUAAGGCAGAUCCCAUUAUUGAAGAGCUCCUCGCCCUGCUUUCGCAUAAGCAACCAAAGGUCAUCGCUGCAACUCUAGGCGCUCUCACUGCUGCUUAUCACGCUUAUGGGUGUAAAACUAUCGAUCCUAAGCAGACCCUGAAAGUGCUUCCAAAGGUGUACGGACAUGCGGACAAAAAUGUACGAGCGGCCGCACAAGAGCUCACUGUCGAAUUUUACAGGUGGCUCAAGGACUCAAUGAAGCCAUUAUUCUGGAAUGAUCUCAAGCCCGUGCAGCAGCAGGACCUCGAUAAAUUGUUCGAGAAAGUAAAAGAUGAGCCAACUCCGAGACAAGAACGACUGCUCCGGACUCAACAAGCUGCUCCCCCGCCAGCAGCUGCAGUCGCAGGUCCAGGUGGCGGUGACGAGGGCUAUGAGGACGAACUACCUGAAGAGGCCGAGGACCUCGAGCUAGCAGUAGAUGUGAUGCCAAAGGUACCUAAGGACUUCGAGGAGAGACUAGGCUCGUCCAAGUGGAAAGAUAGGAAAGAAGCCCUCGACGAACUUCACACUGCAAUCAACGUACAAAAAAUGGAAGAAGGUCCUUUUGACAAUAUCAUGCGGGGGCUCGCCAAAUCGAUGAAGGAUGCCAAUAUUGCGGUCGUUACAGUGGCAGCUAAUUGUAUUGAACUCUUCGGCCGGGGACUGAGACGUAGCUUCGCGAAGUACCGAUCCACUGUUAUGGGUCCCAUGAUGGAAAGACUCAAAGAGAAGAAACAAGCUGUGGCUGAUGCCAUCGGCUCGGCUUUGGACGCCGUGUUUGCAUCGACAAGUUUUAAUGACUGCCUAGAAGAGAUUUUAGAGUUCCUCAAACAUAAGAAUCCCCAGGUAAAGUUGGAGUCGACAAAAUUCCUCAUUCGGUGUUUGAAGAGCACGAAAGCCGCGCCGGAACUCGCUCAAGUCAAGUCCAUUGCAGAUGCUUCAACCAAGCUUCUCACCGAGAGUCAGGAGGUUCAGCGAAAUGCCGGCGCAGAAGUGCUUGGUACUCUUUGGAAAAUCAUGGGUGACCGCAUCAUGAACGCACAUCUCGAGGGACUUGAUGAGAUCCGGAAGACCAAGAUAAAGGAGUAUCACGACGCCGCUGAAGUUAAGGCUAAGUACAAGCCAAAAGCUGCAGUGCCUCCAAAGCCGGCACCUGCUGCAGCUGGCAAGAGGCCGGUUGGCAAAAAACCUAUGGCGAAAAAGCCAACGCCCGCUGCAGCACCUCCAGCUGAAGAUACAGCGCCUCUAGCACCGAAACCGACCAGCCGCCCUGGGGUGUCAAAACUAGGUCCACCCAAGUCAGGUCUCACAGCGCCGUCAGGUUUAAGGGCACCUGGACUUGCAAAGAAGGCACCUGGCCUACCUCUGCCAGGCACUUCGACAGCUUCACCUAAACGGCAGGGCUUUAUUGGCGCCCCCGCGACUCGCGAGCUUAGCCCGGAGGAGGAGGAUUAUGCACCCCCAGCGGCACCUAAAUUUGGUCUCGGUCGAGGUCUGGCAGGGAGACCGCUUGGUAAGCCAGCAGUAUCCGAGGCUCCACCACCUCCUGUGGUCUCGGGACUCGCAGCUGCUGACCGAGCCGAACUUGAUGAACUCCGAAUGGAGGUUGAACGCCUACGGAAACAGACGGAAGACCUAAGAUCGGAUCGUACCAGACUGUCGUCACAAAUACACGAGCUUCAAAAUCAAAACGCUCAGCUCAUUGAGGAUCAUACACGCGAUGUGCUAAGCAUCAAAGCCAAGGAAACACAGCUGGUACGUGCAAGGUCUGAUGCUGACGCUGCCGAGCAGCUCGUGGCCACUCAGCAGCGGGAAGUAGACCGCUUGAAACGCGAGCUCAGCCGACAGAUCCGCGCAACCUCUCCUGCCCCAUACGAUGCAAGUGAGCAGAUUCUGUCUGACACUGGUAUGAAUGGAUCUGUUGGUGGUCGUUUUGGUGACAGUGGUUAUGAAGGUGCCGCUGUAGGUCGGUACCGUGCCAGCAGGACUUACGGAGGAGCAGGCGCUGCCAGUCCUGGAGGGGAAGGUAAGGAGAACUUUAGUGAUGGAAGAUCUUCGAAGCUGAGUCCGCUACGCGGUUCAGGUUCAGGAUUUAGAGCAUCUGCCUCCAUUUCGUCUAGCUCUGGUGGUAGAGCAUCUCCUGCAGACAUGGGCGCCAGCACAAACGGCGCAGAGAGCUGGAAGAGGGCUGCAGAAGUCACUCAGAACCUCAAGGAGAGAAUAGCAUUGAUGAAGGCAAAGCAAGCUGCUCGGAAUCAAGGGCAGUAGUUCAAGAGGUCUUGCGUUUAUGAUGGCAUUUGCGCUGGCGUUAGGGUCGACGAAUGAUGUAUGGAUGGUGAUGAAGAGCGUCGGACAAACUGUAUGACAGGGAAAUGCUUUUUGUUUGUUCCGUUUCCGAAUGACUGACAUCUGGUGUCGUCUUGUAGCAUUCAGAUGGUGCCGAACCUGGUAGAGCGCUGGAGUAGCAUUAUACCAAUACUUUUUUCUGGGGCGUUGGUCUUAGGAUUUAGGACCGUCCACAGAGCUUAUUUUGAAUUUGUUAACCUU